AUGGCAUGUCCCCUGACGAGAGAGCUCGAUGUCGCCGGGUUGAGUACCACGUGCAACGCUAUUGAGGACUCGACACUCGCAUCCGCUCCCGCAGGCAGCCAAAACAGGCUUGGGGAGCGCGCUGGAUCCCUCGAGGAUAUUUCAUCCAGCAUGGCUGCAAACACCAACGGAGAAGUGCAGCGACUUGGGAAUUACAUCCCCCAGGCUGAAGAGCCCGUUUCGGGUGGAACUCGGUUGGAGAAGAUGAGCCGUGCGGUGAAGACUUUGAUUGAAUGCCUCGGAGAAGACCCGAGCCGCGAAGGUUUGAGAAAAACACCUCAGCGAUACGCAGAAGCAUUGCUGUCCUGCACCAGGGGCUACCACGUCGACCCGCACGGAAUUAUGAACAACGCUCUAUUGAUGGAAGAAUACAGUGGGAUGGUUGUUGUCAGAGACAUUCAGGUGUAUAGCUUGUGUGAACACCACCUGCUACCCUUUACUGGGAAGAUUCACAUCGGCUAUGUCUCCUCUGGAGUCGUGAUCGGUCUCUCCAAGCUCGCGCGGAUUGCGGAGUUAUUCUUUCGAAGGCUGCAGGUUCAAGGGCGUCUAACGAAACAGAUCGCUGAUGCCAUAAUGGAUAUUGUCAAGCCGCAAGGGGUUGCUGUCGUGAUAGCCGCUUCUCACCUUUGUAUGGCAAUGCGUGGCGUGCAGGAGACAAACGCUAUGACUGUCACAAGCUCUUUCAUGGGAUGUUUCGAGCAGGAUGUUAGUAUUCGCAAUGAAUUCAGAAGCUCUGUCGGUCUUUAA